AGCGGAAGCCUUAACAGCGUCUCUGGACUCGGCUCAAUCGAGUGCAACCCGUUGAUUUUUUGCUGUGGUGGUCUCGGUCCAGAAAAAAACGAAACCGAAAAGCCACGCCCCCUCCGUUGUCGGCAGUCUUCGCCGCAUUUCGAGGGACAUUCGAACGGUAAAGCAGAAAAGAGAAUGCGACCUCACUACACGUUGCGUUCUCUACCGUGCUCUCUCGCUGGCGUUGCCGCUUUAGUGUCCUAUCGUGAACUUAACUUCGAUUCUAACUCUAACAAAUAAAUCCUCUGGACUAUUCGAAACUGGUAGAUACUGCCUAUUUGCGUACUGUACGUACGGGGCAACUUUUCUUUCUCGCUGCCUCUCUCUCUAUCUUUCGUACGCAAGAACUUCGCUGCUUUUUGUGUAGGUAAAUCCGCUUUCGCGUGAAUCGGAAAGCGGCUUUAAAGUAUUUUUCUCUCUUUAAAUAUAUAUAAUUUUCACAAAUCAAAAACUGCCGAAGGGGAUCUCCUCCCAAAGCCAGUGUGUUUAAGCCGACUUUUUUUUUUAUUCCUCCUCCCCAGCAACCAUCUGUGGCAGUGCUGAACUCUCCCUUUCCGCUGGUGUUUUCUUUUGCUCCCUUCGAUCUUACCUUUUGGUCUGAAGCGGCGGUACAUUUGUUUUUCCUCAUUGCUUGCCUUUCCCACACAUAAAUCACGAGACUGGAGUCUUGUUCUGCCGUUUUACACACCCUUUUCUUUUCUUUUCUUAGUACUACCAUUUUGAAAGCGCAGAAAGACACGCACACCCUCUACUUCGCGAAGCACGGCAACACAACGUCUCUCUUAGUGUAAACGCAAACGUGCUUAGUUUGUUUGUUUUUUUUGCUUGAAUUUCAAUAACACGUUCCCCCUCUUAGUCAUCUCUUUCCUCAUUUUUUAUUUUGGUCGAAUCAACUUCCGUAGAGUUCUGUGUAAUCUACACGAGAACUGGGCUGUUCCUGUGUCGUCGUUGUUGCUGACGCAUCUUUUCUUUUUCUUUUCCUUUCUUUAUUCCUGCUAGCUAAAAAUUCUUUAUUAUUAUUAUUAUUAUUCCUGUUCUCUUCUCGCUGCUUUCUUUUAUCCGUGUGUGUGUGUGUGUGUGUAUCUGCCUCUCCCUCCACCCCUCGGAACCCGCCGCAGCGCCCCACAGCUGACCGCGAAGGAAGUCAACUCCAAAGCCAAAAAGAGAAAACUCCUCGACCUUGUUUGUUGUGUUUUUGUUUUCUCCAACGUUGUAGUGCGUGCGUUGCGGGCAGUCGUUUGCAUCCGCCUCUUUUCCUUCUACGCCUUUUCUCUCCUUUCUUUUUGGUGAAAUAGAAUAGGCGUAGAAGAUCUUUGAUUCCCGCGGCGUGCCUUUCUCAGGUAAGUACGCCCAGCACAGCUUUCGAAUUCGCUUCCGCGGAACAACAGCAGCACCAAUACUAUACAUUAAUUUGCGAAGCAUGUCUGCGGUAACGGAGCACCUCCGGCGUAGCCCAAGCCCGCUCGACCGAAAUACUGAGAGCGCUGCCUCGAUGUCCUCCGCGGAGGAGCUCCCUGAGCCGAAGCUGAGCACCCAAACUUUCCGGGCGAUUGCACACACACCACCAUCGUGGCUCCACCUUCUCGGUCCAGAGAGCGCCGUGCAGGUUCUUCAAUCCUCUUUCGAUGAAAAGGCAGAGCAAAGCGGUAACGAUGGAGGAGAGUUGGACCACGACGGGCCGCCUGGGCUGGUCGACGCAGGGACGCCUCCUUUGCUGGCGGACGUCGACGCAGUCUUUACGUCGUCGAUCAUUUCCUCCCAUGAAGCGUCCUUCUGCAAUAGCCUCAUCGUGACUCGGGGGGAGAGACAGGAGCAGGAGCGAACACCCUCGGCAGUCCCACAUCGUGCGUUAGCACAUAGGCGCGGCGGAAGCUUCCUUGUGGAUGCGCCGACACACACCAACGCAGAACAGGGUGGGGGUGAUAGUGGGGUCGACGACUCAGGAGAUGAAAAAGGAAACAGCGGCGGCGACAAAGAUGCGACGCCGGCCUCCUCCAGUGCCGCACCUUCGAGUCACAACCAACAGUUGUCGACACACAUGGCGGACAAUCUAAACGUCUCCACACACUCCCUCACCUCUGCCAGGUCGCGCCUGCGCCACCGCCCUGUCACGCCAGCUGGAGAUGUCCGCACGCUGCACGACCUCAUGAUGUGGCGCUCCCACCUGCCCGACUCGCAGCGCUCGAGCGAUCUGCAUCGCGACCACGACCCACCGGCGGAGGGAAGUCCACUGAACAAGUCCGUUCCCGCACCGCUGAGAGGCGGCAGCGGGAACGACCCCCUGCACUUCCCCGCGUCGUCGCUGGUGACACCCGAUGUGUGGAACCCGGUGCUCCUCGUCCGCGCAAACCUCCCUGCCACGUUUUCGCCGCCCGUGUUGUUCGGCCCCACCGCGGCCUCUGCAUCGAGUGCGACGACCGCACCGGCGAGCGAAUACGAGAGCUGCUGCGACGUCAACGACGAUGACAACAUCGCCGGCCGCCGCCGCACCAGUCCGUUCUCCUCCUACCCGUCCGUCCAUCCCCCACCUCGCCUCUCCAGCAACUACGGCAGCCGGUCAGACUUAGAGGACUCGUUCUCGUCGACGUCCACCUCGCACAUUACGAGUCCGGCCACGGCGCUGCUGGCCCACCAUCUCCUCUCGUCUCCUUACGACUCCCGCUCUCGAAUAAGCGGCGAUCACGGCGUGAACGGUGGAGGUGGUGGCGGUAGUGCCGGUGGUCACCUCCCCGGCCGCAGCGUCGCGAGUUCGAUCUUCAUCACCCCCGUGACGACACGAGGAGUAACGGUGCUCGACACCCGUCAUGCCGCGCCGAGCUCCGGCAGAAGCAGCAGCAGCUAUACCACACAGAACACAAACCCUGCACACAGCAGCAACAUGGAAAGGCGCGACAGUCAGAUUCUCUCGAAGAUACGCGCUGGCGCAGCACCCGCCUCCCCUGCACCGUCCACCGGCAGCGGCUGGGCCAUCGAGGAUCACGCCCCGCCCCACGCACGCAGCGUCGGCUCAAGCCACCUUCCGGCGCUGUCGCCGCUACACCACAAGCUGCCAAGUCGCGGCAGUGAUGCGUCCUCCUCGCCGCGCAGUGCGCUGCUUGGGUUUUACUCGCCGUCUGUGUCGCACGACUUCUUGUGUGGCUCGCACGCCUCCAAGGGCGGAGGCGGCGGCGGCGGGGACAGUUCGAGUCAGGGGAGUCACUCCGGCACGGUGGGACAGCCGACACGCCGUAUGAGCUCCUCCAUCUUCACGACGCCGGCUCUGGCCAGCGUGAAGGGAGGGCACGAGUCGACGAUGAGGAGGCGGGGGCUGAAGGUGCCGGAGGAGUACCCGAGCUUUGCCACGCCGGUCGACGACGACACGAACAAGGCGGUCGUGGCCUUUGUGACGGCGCUGCUUCUCCUCUUCUGCUUGGGGCUCAUCUUCACCAUGUGA